AGUCAGAGGUGAGCGGAGCGAAGAGUUCUUCCCAGCAAUCCCGUUCCCGGCCCAGGACCUGCACCAGGGGUUCCCUCUUCUCUGGUCUCGUCUCCUGAGUCCCUCUCAGGAAUUCCCGCUCAGUUUUUAAUCUCAUAGCUUCCAUGCCUUCUUCUGUUUGAGCUGCGAAGCUUCUGUUUUUCUCCCUACGCGAUGGAGGAGUCCUACACCGGUCUUCCCACUAGCCAUUUGCUCGGUUCAGUUCCUGCUGUCGUAGCUGAAGAAAAGAAUACCACAAACCAUGAGGUCCCUGGAGCAAAUAUGCAAAUAUUCCCUCCAAACAAUGGAGGAGACAGAGGAAGGGGAUACCAAACUCUUGGAAGUCCAACUGAAGCAUUUGAGCAACAGCCAGCAAACAACUGGAGGGGAGUCUUCAGUAUCUCAUCAUACACACAGUAUUUCAAUGUGGAUACAGAUCUAGUCUUGAACAGAUUGAUGAGUUCCAUGAAUCCAGUUGCUGGAGAUUUUUUUAGCAAGAUAGAUGCUAACCCUGAUUUAUACGGGCUUAUAUGGAUCUCAACAACAUUGGUUUUUGUGCUUGCUUCACUGGGAAAUCUGGCAACGUAUCUUAUGGAAAAACAAACAGAUAAGAGCACUUCAUGGAGCUUUGAUGUCAGCUAUGUCAAUGUGGCUGCAUGUUCUAUCUAUGGCUAUGCAAUAGCUGUCCCACUGGCAUAUUAUUUCUUGCUUCAGUAUCUGGGUUCAAAUUCUAGCCUUAUUCGGUUUUGGUGCAUGUGGGGGUAUUCCCUUGCCAUUUUCAUCCCAUCCUCUUUUCUGAUGCUUAUCCCUCUUGAGAUUGUCCGGUGGCUUGUAAUAAUCCUUGUCGGUACUGCCUCAGCUAGCUUUGUUGCCCUGAACCUCAGGUCUUACGUAGAAGGCAGUGAUGUCUCGGUUAUGAUAAUAGCGGCAUUUUUCUUGCAAAUAGCUUUGGCAGUCUUCAUCAAGGUCUGGUUCUUUGGAUGAGCUUGAUGUGCCCGGACCGAGAAGAAAUCCUAAGCCACUGUCACACGAAGCUUACUCCGCAGGUUAAUUUGCUUAAAACAAUGAGUGGAAUUUCUCGAACAGAAUGGUUGUGUAUUUUGGAUUUGCUAAUAUAUAGGAGAAAGAGUGACUGAGUGGUGCAAAGUAGGUUCUGCAAUCUGUCGUGCUUUCUGUCGCUGUUCGGUCUGAAAUUUCAUUUUAUCAGUUUGGGGAGCUGCAUUGUAGAAGACCAGUAUGUUUUGUUCUUUUCCUAGAAAACAACAGUAUUUUGGAAAAGGGAAAAAAUGAUGGGUGUAAUUUUUUUUUUUUUUUUGGGUAGUAUCAGGGCAGUGUUUUACCUCUGAUCGUCUUGAAGCUGUAUUGCAUCCUUGUAAAUGUGUGAUGUCUAGAGAGACGUAUGAUUGGUAUGGGAUGCACUGCGGUUUUCUUUUCUCUAUUCUCACUUUCUAAA